CCUAGGUUUUCUCUACUGUGUGACCUGAUUUUUUUCUCAUCCUUCUUUCCUCAUUUCCUUCCAUAAUCCAGACGGAGGUCUUGUGUCUACUUGUUUUGUUUGUAUUUGUAACUGGUGCCACAUUCGAAGAAGACGAUCAAGUUCUGUCAUAUUGAGUCCUCGGGCCGUAGCGUCAUGUUUUCUCCAAACGAGAAGCAGGAUCCUGAGAUCCAGAACGAAGCCGGAGCCCCUGCACAUUACGACGCCGACUACCAGGAUGAUCGUCCAGCAGUUGUCUGUCCUGCGCAUACGACAGAGAGACGAUUGGUAUACAAAAUCGACGUCCACGUGAUACCCUAUCUGUGUAUCAUGUACCUACUUGCUUUUCUGGAUCGUGUCAAUAUCGCCAAUGCUAAUGUCUUCGGCAUGUCCGAAGAGUUGCAUCUUUUGCAGAACAACCGAUAUAACACUGCGCUUGUCAUCUUCUUCGUCCCGUACAUUCUUUUCGAAAUCCCAUCGAAUGUCUUGCUCAAAAAGUUCAAGCCUAGAGUCUGGCUUUCUAUUUGCAUGUUCGGAUUUGGCCUAGUAACCAUGAUCCAAGGUUUCGUCAAAAACUAUGCAGGACUUCUGGCGACUCGUUUCUUCCUCGGCGUUUUCGAGACGGGCAUGUUUCCUGGUGCCUUCUACUUGAUUGGAAUGUGGUAUCGACGCCACGAAGCUCAACGUCGAUACACUUUCUUCUUCUCAAGCACAACCCUGGCUGGCGCAUUCGGUGGUCUACUUGCCAGUGCUAUCGGAAAGAUGGACAAAAUAGUUCCCGGGUACAGAGGCUGGCGCUGGAUCUUCAUCCUCGAAGGUCUUCUCACUGUCCUUGUCUCCUUCUUUUUCUUCUUCCUACUGCCCAACUUCCCUGAAGAAGUGAAAUGGCUCCAAGAAGACGAGCGAGAGUUUGUCAAAGCACGCCUCCAGCUCGAUCAGGGUCGAUCCGCUGCCGAGCGUGACAUUACUACCCGAGACGUUUUCCGUGUUUUUAAAGACCCCAAGGUCAUUAUCGGUGGAUUGAUGUACUUUGGUCUCAUUGUCCCCGCUUAUGGCUACGCCUACUUCUCGCCAUCAAUUCUUCAGAGCUACGGAUACAGCCCCAUCCAGACCCAGCUUCACAGCGUUCCCCCGUGGGCGGCGGCGUUCGGAUUUGCCAUGGUAAUCGCCUACUUAUCCGACCGCUUCCAGCAUCGAUUCCUGUUCGCCAUCUUCCCCAUCCUUGUCUGCAUUAGUGGAUUCGCCAUACUCAUCAGUGUUCACAACAACCGAGAGGUCCAGUACGCUGCUCUGUUCCUCGUUGCCAUGGGCGCCUACACUGCUAUGCCGGUCAUUGUCUGUUGGUUCAACAUGAAUCUCGGUGGCCACCACCGUCGCGCAGUCGGAUCCGCCUGGCAGGUUGGCUUCGGAAACAUCGGCGGAAUCAUUGCCGUCUUUUCUUUCCUCAAGCCCGACGCACCGAGAUACACUAAGGGUUAUUCCAUUUGCAUAGCCUUCGUCAUCUUCUCAGCACUUAGCUGUUUGAGCUACUUCAUAAUGUGCAAGUGGGCCAACAGGAGUAGAGACAAGUCUGUCAGGGACGUUGGUCUGACGGAGUAUGAGAAAAUGGAGUUGGGUGACUUGAACCCUGACUACCGAUAUCUAUUGUAAGAGUUACGGCAGAAUUGAUGUGGAAAAAAAUAUCGCCUAGGAAUGGGACCACGCUUCGAUGCAACUACCCCAACUAUCAUAUUGGGAUUGUAUCUGUGACCAUACCUAUCGCUCUAUGGGCCUGGAAAACUUUGUAAUUAAUAUCUGAAGCGAGCUACUUAUCCAGUGAGCAUCUUUUGCAAAUGUCUAGUCGGCUUUCAUAUGUUCAUUUGAGCAUGCAGGCCUGA